AUGUCCAACCCAUUCUACAAGGAGCCCGAAUUCGACACCAUCCAGCUGCACGGCGGACAGAGGCCUGACACCGCGACCAACGCGAGAGCUGUACCAAUUUACGCGUCCACGAGUUUUGUGUUCAACAACUCUGCUCAUGGAGCUGACCUCUUCGGCUUGAGGGCUACCGGGAACAUCUACUCUCGGAUCGGUAACCCCACCGUUUCCGUUUUCGAAGAACGUAUAGCUGCCCUCGAAGGUGGUAUUGCUGCCGUCGCGACCGCUUCUGGUCAAUCCGCCCAAUUCCUAGCCAUCUCCGCCAUCGCUAAUGCCGGAGACAAUAUUGUCUCCAGUUCUUAUCUCUAUGGUGGAACGUACAACCAAUUCAAGGUGACCUUCAAGAAGUUCGGUAUCGGUGUCAAGUUCGUCACAGACAACGACCCAAAAUCCUUCGCCGCCGCAAUUGACGACAAUACUAAAGCACUUUACAUCGAGAGCAUCACCAACCCUAAAUACAAUGUCCUCGAUAUCCCUGCCCUCGCCCAGGUUGCCCACGACCACGGCAUUCCGUUGAUUGUGGACAACACUUUUGGUAUGGGUGGAUAUUUAGUGCGACCCCUCGAUUUCGGUGCCGACAUUACUGUCCAUAGUGCUACGAAAUGGAUCGGUGGUCAUGGAACGACUAUCGGAGGUAUCAUCGUCGACGCCGGCAAAUUCGAUUGGAAGAAGUCUGGGAAAUUCCCUGGGUUCACUUCCCCGUCUGAGGGAUACCACGGUCUCGUGUUCUGGGACACUUUCGGUCCGGUCUCUUUCGCCGUCAAAGUCCGAACAGAACUGUUGCGAGACAUAGGCCCAGCCUUGAAUCCCUUCGGCGCAUUCCUUUUCUUGCAAGGUUUGGAGACAUUAAGUCUUCGUGGGCAGCGCCACAGCGAAAACGCUUUUACGUUGGCCAAGUGGUUGGAGAAGCAGCCACAGGUUACAUGGGUGUCGUAUCUCGGUCUCGAGUCGCACGAAUCGCAUACCUUGGCUAAGCAGCUUCUUCGGCCGAACACCUUUGGUGGAAUGCUGAGCUUUGGGGUUAAGGGAGGAGCCAUUGCAGGAAGCACGCUCGUUGACAACCUUAAGCUGGCUAGUCAAUUGGCUAACGUUGGUGAUGCUAAAACACUGGUUAUCCAUCCUGCUACGACGACGCAUGCUCAGUUGAACGAGGAGGAGCAGAAAGAUUCUGGUGUUACUCCCGAUCUGAUUCGGGUUUCUGUCGGCAUCGAAGCUAUUUCAGAUAUCAUUGCUGAUUUCCAAGCAGCGCUAGAGAUUGUGUCAAAGACUGUAGCAUGA